AGUGGCGGUUGUUUCAAGAUGGCGGACGUGACGGGCCCCUCCCGCCCUGGCGCCGCGGCGUUCUGGAGCCGGGACUUUUCUGAUGAAGAGCAAUCAGUAGUAUAUGUUCCAGGAAUUUCUACAGAAGAAAAUGUCAGAUCAAGACACAAGUUGAUGAGUCCAAAAGCUGAUGUUAGAGUUAAGACAUCCAGGGUGACUGAUGCUUCAAUCUCCAUGGAGUCUUUAAAAGGUGCAGGAGAUUCAGUAGAUGAACAGAAUUCCUGCAGGGGAGAAAUAAAGAGUGCAUCAUUAAAGGACUUAUGUCUUGAAGACAAAAGACGUAUUGCAAACUUGAUUAAAGAACUGGCCAGAGUAAGUGAGGAAAAGGAAGUGACAGAAGAGCGACUGAAAGCUGAGCAGGAAUCAUUUGAAAAGAAGAUCAGGCAGUUGGAAGAACAGAAUGAACUAAUCAUCAAAGAAAGGGAAGCUCUUCAGCUACAGUACAGAGAAUGCCAAGAACUUCUGAACCUCUAUCAGAAAUACCUAUCAGAACAGCAGGAGAAGCUCACCAUGUCUCUUUCAGAACUUGGUGCUGCUAGAAUGCAGGAACAGCAGCAGGUAUCCAGUAGGAAAAGCACACUCCAGUCUUCAUCUAUGGAAUUGGAUGGUUCCUACUUGAGUAUGGCCAGACCACAGACCUACCAUCAAACCAAGCAGAGGCCUAAGUCUGCAAACCAGAGUUCAGCUUUCAAAUCCCUUAUGGAGUAUAGAAAUAAUUCUUUGAAACCAGUAACCCUUCAUCACCCCAAAGAGGGUCGAGAUAGGGUGCCACCAGAGAUCAGAACCUGUCAUUAUGAAUCUCCAGUAAGAAAACAGGUGGAUGCAGUCCCAACAGAGAAAACUCCACCAGAAGAACUGAAGAUGAAGGAAUGUUCACACUUUAAACAUACUCCAUCUAGUCAGCAUUGUGGUCACAGACUUUCUGAAAAUGCAGAUCAUGUUCGUGAGUGCUAUCCUGCAAACAUGGCCCCUCAAUAUUCCAAGGUACAUCCAGAAUCAUGCAGUUAUUGUGGGCUUUCUUGGGCAUCUCUGAUGCAUGAUGGAGGGGCACUGCAACCUGGUGAAACUAAUGUCAAAAAACAGCUCUCAGAAGAUAGAAAGCAGCAACUGAUGCUUCAGAAAAUGGAACUAGAAAUUGAAAAGGAGCGCCUUCAGCACCUGCUGGCACAGCAGGAGACAAAACUUCUCCUAAAGCAGCAGCAGCUUCACCAGUCUCAACUGGACUAUAAUUGGUUAAAAACUCAAGCUUUAUUUAAAUCAAGAGAACUGGUUGCUGACAAAGAGCUUACUAAACCCCGAGACCUCAAUCUGGAUUUGAGUGGGAGUGACUCUGGACCAAGAUUACGGGCUGUUGAGAAUUCUUGGUUUGCCAAUGACUGUCAGAGUUUGGAAGCAGUUGCCAGAGUUUUUUCAAACUCUUAUAAUGUAUAA